AUGUGGCGCUCUCUAGUGGGCGUGCCCGAGGAGCGAGGCCAGGCAGAAGCUGAGCGCUAUUGGAGACGAUGGUUACGCCCAGACCUGCGCCCGGGUCCUCAGUCCCGCCCCGCCGAGCAGCCCCGGAGUGACGUCCCUGAAAGUUCUCAUUUUGACCCCCCACCGCCCCUCCCUUGCGUCCCCCAGCUAAAGAGCGGCAGGGAGGGGUGCAAAUGUUUUAUUACCUUUGAGAGCUUCAUCCGAACUGUCAGACCCGGAGGGAGAGAGGAGAGAAGGGAAGAGCCGCGAGAGGUAGCUCCGGGCCCGCGGCCGUGGCAGGCGCAAUCCCCGCGCGGGCCGGUUGCGCUCUGUCCCCCGAGCGAGAGGCGAGUGCGAAUCAGCUGCGCAGAGGUGGCGAGCGCUGAGAGUCCCAGCGAGAUUAGAGGCGCGCACCGGGCGAACGCGGCUCCCUUUGAAGCUCCCCAAAGCGGGGCCCGGCCCCGGGCUUGUUUUGGUGAUUUCCCGCGGGGGUGGAGAAGAGAAGUAGAGCCCCCUGAGCCGCGGACGAGGGACGAGCGCCUGGGACCGAAGUCCGGGACUCUCCGAACCAAGGCAGCGCCGAACCCGCCCGCACUCCCGCGGCCCUCGCCCGUCGCCGCCUCCAGCGGGGUGCUUGGACAUUUCUGCUGCGCAGCUCGGACAGCAGCUCCGGGCGCCCGCGACCCCGGCUCCAUCGGCCGGUCGCAUCCCAGUGAGCCGAGCCCACCCCCGGCGCAUCGGGCUCUCCAGAGCCCCGGCGGGGCCACCGGCCUGCGCGGCUGCGGCCCGCCGCCGCCACCGCCCGGGCUCUACUUCAGCCCCAGCGCUGCGGCCGUGGCCGCCGUGGGCCGGUACCCCAAGCCCCUGGCCGAGCUGCCGGGCAGGACACCCAUCUUCUGGCCCGGGGUGAUGCAGAGCCCGCCUUGGAGGGAUGCACGCCUGGCCUGUACCCCCCAUCAGGGAUCCAUUUUGUUGGACAAAGAUGGGAAGAGAAAACACACCAGACCCACGUUCUCUGGCCAACAGAUCUUCGCUCUGGAGAAGACCUUCGAACAAACGAAGUACCUGGCGGGGCCAGAGAGAGCUCGCUUGGCCUAUUCUUUGGGGAUGACGGAGAGUCAGGUCAAGGUCUGGUUCCAGAACCGCCGGACCAAGUGGAGGAAGAAGCACGCGGCCGAGAUGGCCACGGCCAAGAAGAAACAGGACUCGGAGACCGAGCGGCUCAAGGGGACUUCGGAGAACGAGGAGGACGACGACGAUUACAACAAGCCUCUGGACCCGAACUCUGACGACGAGAAAAUCACGCAGCUGCUGAAAAAGCACAAGUCGAGCAGCGGCGGCCUCCUGCUGCACGCGUCGGAGGCCGAGGGCUCAUCCUGAGCGCCGCCCGCAGCGCCGGGAUCCGUGCCGCUCAGCCGGUCGCCCGGG